CUCGGUUUAUGGAUGUUUGUUUGGUCCUAGGUUCUGCCACUCGAACCAGCGUGGUGGACCCUGAAGAGCCAUUAAUGACUGUGGGAUGUCGAGUAGUAAGACCACGUUCGGUGCUCAGUCCUUCAACCCAGCACCAGCAGACUCAGGCUGUCUCCAAUUAGAGACGCGAACUCUGUGUUUCCCUUCCGUCUUUUCCAUAGUAUAGAUGCAACGAUUACGCAUUCUAAGAACUUGACUCCUGUGGCUGUCUCCCUGUGUUCAGCAGCAGUCGCAAGACCCCAUGGCGAAGCUCACAAACCGCCUGUUCCUCUGUGCUCGAACAUUAAAAUUCUUGGGAGUGUGGUGACUUGUCCCCCACUAAAGAUGUUUGUAGACUGCUGUACCACGACACGCUUGUACUCUUCUCCUGCAAUUGUUCAGCCUUUGGAGCAAGGCGUAAUGAGGUAAUCGUGGAGAUGGUCAGGAUAACAGUUUUAUUGUUCGAAGUGAUUUUCGUGACACAACUGCCCGCGUUCUGUUGUUUGGUAGAGAGAAAGCGGCUCUGGUUCUCCCUUGGAAGCAGAUUUAUGGCCCGGGCGCCCCCAGUUUUGUGGAGUCACCCGCGCGGUUGCGAUUCUUUGUUGGCUGUAGCGGAACAGGGGGGCUAGCGCUCGCGUGGUCUCUUGAUGAGUCUCUUCAGACGAGCUGCACUUUUUGAAUUUCCGAUAUCGUGGUUGCCAUCUCGUCCACUUUGUUACUCAUGAUUGGGUGUCAACUAUCCUCAGGGGGAGCUGAGGUUUGAGGUUUUACUAGUCAAAGCGAAGCUGCACGCCUGAUCUGCUGACCAUAGCUCUCCUACUGCUGUGAGUGUCCCUCUGUGGCUCGCUGGCGGCGCGGUCACAGGAUUUCUUCAUUGCUUGUUUUCUCUAAACCUGUGUUCUUGCAAAUGCUGUAAAGCUUCCAUGGGGUGUGGCACAAGCGUCUUUCUGAGCCUGCGUCACGUGUGACAAAAAAGAAGCAAGGGUUCAACGAUGGCGUUCUUUGAUGUCACAAACAGAGCACCAGGGCGGUUGUGCGCCUCAAAUCUUUGUGAGCCCCGGGUCGUCUGGAGAUCGUCUCAUCGCUAGUGUCUCUUCAGACGCUAACGUCACACAUGGGGAUUCCCUCCUCAGAGUUGAGCAGGUCAACAAAGAACUAGGCGGGCCCGACGCUGUCACUUUUUGUUUCUUUUUUGGAACGGUUCAUGGCUUUGCCUGGAGCUGGGCUGUUCUCUACACGAGGUGGCUCUAUACAUUUACACGCAGGUAUGUACAAAUAAGCAGAAUUAACUUUGGAUGAGUUUGCUGUUCUUCAAGGCCGCGUCUCCACAAAUGUUGAAGCGAGGAAAACGCCAGGGGCGAAAUGAAUUGCUACCGCUGUUUCCUUUCCAAUAAACGCAGGUGUCCCCUCCGAGACUCUCGCCCUUUGUGUUUUUGUCCCCGCAGAGGUACAUCUGUAUUCUUGUCAACAUGCGCAUUUUGAAUCAUCUCUCGUGCGGAGCUGUUGUGGCGCUAGUUGUCUGCUCGUCGCUUGUUCAGUCAAUAGGUUUCUUCAUUCGCCUUUUGACGCUGCGUACACCUUUCCCCCUGGAAUGAGGAAACUGCAAAGGCGUGGAGUCUUCGUUUUUGUACUCGUAGAAUAUCCGCCUUCUUCCGUUGAUUAUUACCAACCUACGCGUCGGGGUCAAAAGGUCGACGAAAAAAGAGCAUAAAAUAUCCGGAGGUGAAGAGACGAGGGCAGGUCAUCUGUUUUUCUCCCUUCUCCCUUUCUCCUGUCUCUCGCUUCGCUGGCCGUGCUGUUCUUUUCCAUUUUCGUGCUCGAGCCCGUAUCGCGCCCCGUAGCAAAAAGCGCAAGGUCAUCUUUCGUCACACGAGGUCCAUCUCGGUCACUCACUGACGCGGGCGACACCUGCUGUCUCUCCGCCGUAGCCGGCCUUUUUAAAAACCCUUCUUGUUUCCUUUUCCAUUUCCCUCCCAUGCAGAGCAAACUGAAAGGGAGUACGAAUGGAACAAGGGAACUCGCUGAAACUGAACAAUGGGCUAACUCAAUUUUUUCGCUUCAAAUGCAUCUGCCGUCGUGUGUCAGGCUUGCCAAGCAAGUCCUCUUCCAAAAAGGGACUAACGCUGCACGCCGCCCGCCAGCCGUCCCCGAGUGCUGAAGGCUCUUUUUGUAUGCAUUCUCGGCAUCCAGUGACAAAUUUAAGUACCUGUAUACUCAUCUAUGUAAUUAAAUAUCUCUACAUAUGCAACCAUAUGUGUGAUAGGUAUGUGUUCGUGGGGAUAAGCCUAUGUUCGCGUAAGAGUCGAGCCGUGAGAACGGUAACAUUGUAGAACUGUCGCCUUUCCCGUUGUUCUGACACGGGGGAAGGCGGGCACGCGCUUGUAGGAUGUGUCCUGUUUUCGAGUGAAAAUGUGUCACUCAUUUCGAUCGACUUGAUUCCCACCCCCAACAUCCUAGCAACCAGGGAUCUCCGGUCUUCUGUUCGUGCGCUUCUUCCAGGAUAAUUAGUUCGUACCGUUGUGUGGGAUUUGCAUUCCUUUCUGUAUUGAGAAUCUGUCGCAGGCUUGGUUUGUCGACCGUUGUUUGCUCUCAUCAGCACAGGAGAGGCCGGGUGCAACGCUGUUGGGUGUCCUUGCAGUUGAUAUUUCAGGAGCCUCAUUUGCUGUCUCGAUCAAGCCUGCAGGUGGACUGCAGAAUCAGAAUUAAAGUAGCCGACACCCCUCUUUUCAGUCUCCGCAGUUGUUCCUUGCCUUUCUCCUUGCCGUACUCUUGUUUUUCAUACACGAGUCGCGUUUAAUUGUCUCCCGUGUACCGCGAGAACCAGUCGUGUGCUCGCAGUACACCGUCUCCGUUUGUGGUUUCUUGGCGGCUGCUCUCUUUUGGAAGCACGUUCGCCAUGCUGUUCUUGAGGAACACCAAGCAGAUCAAAUCAGGGGCACUGCAGCACUAACUGCGACACGAUCUGUUACACGCACUUUUAUCUCUCAAUGUCUCAAGGCAGGGCUGCAUGUAUGAAGCUUGACGAGAGCGACCGCGUUUCUGUGUUUUUCAAUCGCCGUUCCCUACCAGCGAAUACCGACGUAUUAGGCCACGGCCUCUAACAAGGAACGGUUCAUUUGCAUGCUCGCCUACGACCACAUUUUGUUCGCGGUGGUAUAUCUUCAUAUGCUGAGCUUGUUGAGGAUGUAUUAUCAUUCAUUGCUUCGUAUAAACAACGGGGACCUUUGUUCUUCUUCGUUCUUUUUUGUUUUUCCUUUUCGCUCCUUGAAAAGAAAAGCUGGUCGCUUGCAUCGCUUAAAAACAUGAAAAAUCUAGGUGAACCCUCCCGGAAGGGAAUACGUUCCGAUGUUGAGUUUACUGCGUAUACUCAUGUACAUCAUACAUGCGUCUAAAUGUAUCUCUAUGAAUCUGGGCGGGUACGCGAUUACACGUUAAGCAGUUGUGUAUACCUAGUGGGUGCAUAUAGUCUGCUUGGUCAUGCAUAUACGCGGGAACCAUUACGUGUGCCUAAGUGAGCUCGCCCGAUGUUCGAGGUGAGCGGGUGAACCAUGCAGGUUGAUUUUCCCAUCAGUCUGUCCGUUUUGGAGGACAGCAAUAAUGCCGUCGAGACACGUUCCGCUUCACCGACGCGCGUGAGGAUACGUGCAAAUCUCAGUGAUGUUGCGGACCAGCUGCUAACCGAAAGACGCCGGGACACCGAGUCAUAUAAUCCGUCGCCUGCCCCAUCGGGGGCUCCAUCCUGUUUUGGGCGAGGAAACGAAACAGGUAUAAUUUUUUGCGAGGGAGAGGCUGGACAAACGACUGCCCCUCUCGUGAAUAGUUCAUCCCUCUGUAAAGCCCCCUCUGAAAAUUCUGACGUGGCGAGGUUUUCGGCAGAAGCACAAGAUCACAACAUUCAGACUUCUGUCGAGGACAUCAGGGAAAUAAGGAAUACCGCUGACUUUUUUCGACUACCAAAUUUCGCCCCGUCCGUAGGAACUGGCGGAGGACACAUCUCGACGCACGGUAAAGCUUCUUCCUCUCUGCCUGUAUCAACAAUCGGAUCUUCUUUCGACAGUAAACAGGAAGGACGAAAUUUCCUGUCUGAGAAUCACCCGGCAGAAAGGUUUUGCCAAGAGGCCCGAAACGGGGAAGAAGUUCACGGAGGUGAUUGGCAAGCGCAUAGGAGGUUCCCUCUUUCACCUUUGAAUGCUCUAGCACUUCCUUCUUGCGGCGAUCAGAGCGGAGGCAUUGUCAACAGUAAAGAAGACAAAGAAAACUGUCUGCUGUCUACUCCACUGCCACGCACAAACCAGGUGGUUGUCACUGGACAGCCCAGCGCCUUCGACAGGAAGAGGGGGACGCUGACCAUUUCUAGUGAAACAACGAAGGAGUUAACAGGAAGCACCACUGCGUCCUCCUCCAGCCUGCCUGCGGAUUGUUCUGCAUCUUGUUCUGCUUGUGGAUUCGCCGUUCUGUCGGCGACGCCCGAGAAACCGACAGUUGCCGUAGCGGAAAACGCCGGUGAUACCGACUCGUCUUUUCUCUCGUUUAGUCCACUCAAAGAGCUGACGAACCAUCGCCAGCCUGCUGUGGAUGCCCAGGACGCGUGGAAGAAACCGGAAACAGCAACAGCUUUCCGACAGGUUUGCCCCACAUACGCUCUCCACGCCGAACUUGUGGAGAAGGCGACAGAUUUCCGGACGCUGGCGCUUUAUCUUCUGGUCUGCUUCGGCCCGCUGCUUCAGCUGCUUCAGUGCUACGUGGAGCAGAAGGUUUCGGCAGCUUCACCUUCGUUUCAGAACAAAACAGAAACGAGGGCCACACAUCGGCAAAACGAAGACGACUGUUUCUUGACAUUCGACGUUCACGGCGAAUGCACAGGUUCGAGGUCGACAUCAGAGGAUUAUUUCGCUGAUUCGGAAAGACACGAAGAGACUGAGCAGGUACCGACACAGCUGACCGGCGUUCUGUCUGACAAGCUGAAAGGGAUUGGGGCAAUUCUUCAAGUGUUAAUCGAAUCAACUUCGACUGCUUGUUCCCAGGCGCUCGACGCUGUGUGUGAUGCUCUGGCUGUGACAGAACACACGGAAUUACAGAGACUUCCUCACACGCUCUUAUCCUUUGGUCAGAAAGCCCCUGACUCUCUAUCCUCUUGUGUCGCGCGUGGUAGUGCGCGUGUAAGCAGCAUGGAGGCGGGAGAGGAGGCGGCACAGUGCGGUGGGUCUCAGGGCAAACGUAAUGAAGAAGAGACACGCAGACCUGGAAUGGAAGAAGAAGGUCAAGAGUCGAUGAACUGUGAGAAGGCAUCCACGAACUGCGAUGGAGACAAGCAUGAGGAAGGGAAAACGCGAGAGAAAACGGCUGGUGAGGGAAGCGAGGGCGAUGGUCGGACGGAGGCACUACAAGGUUCGUUUCACAACUCGAUAUCCGCCGAGUUAAUUUCGGUGCCUCUGUGGUCGGGCACAGCUCAGGAAGUCUUAGAGCAGGAGCACGGGCACGAGAGAAGGCCGAUAUCAGAGGAGCAACAGAAACUAGAAGAGGAGUCUGAAAACAAAGAGACUGGCAACUGUGAGUCACCUUCUUACGCUCCGAGAAUCGAGGAAACACUGCCGACUCAUGACGACGAAUGCACUCACUCGUGGACAGAUGCCGCGGAACAAGGAGAAGAAAAAGGCAACGAAAACCGCCCUGGUGAGGGCGAGAAGACGCCGUGCGAAACGCUUCCGGAAAACCUCCAGUGGAUGGCCCACCAGUUGGCCACGCCCUUGGACAACCUCCGAGGUGAGGAAGAAGAGGAGCAGUUGCUCAGAGCUCAACUUUCGUUUCCCUCCUUCUUCAGGCUUCCCCCGGCCUCCGAUGCAUCUGCUCCCGCUGCCGUGCCACAUUCGGGGGAGGCCGAAGUGCUCGGCCAUCGAAGGAGCGAAGAGCGAAACGAGCAAAACAGAGGAGACAAAGGGCAAGGACAGACCCCGGAGUUUAUCCCAGCGGGAGGCUCUUGUGGCAAAGGACGACGCCUGCAGGGUGCAGACGAGCACGAGCUCGAUAUAGGUGCCCGAAGGGAAGAUACGACAGAAACGGAACGCGUCCGCCGGAGAUCUGAAACCCUAGCCGCAGAGCUCAUUCACAUCUUAGAGAACGCGAACUACCAAAAGCACUUGCGUGCUCGAGAGAAACAUCAGCAUAGCCAGUUGCUCGUUCUGCUUCGGAAACUCCAAGAGCAGCAAACGCAGGAUGCCGGAGACCGUUUCGUUUGCUCCUCGACACGCGGAAAGAAUGGCGUAGCGGAAGGACAUUCCGGUUUCUUUUCCACAGUCCCAUCCUGCGUGUAUGAGAGUCCGACUCUCACCGGGAUCCCGACACGUGAUACGCAGUCGCCUCUGUCUUCGUUGUAUGCUUCGCGUUUGGCGUCGAAACGCGUUUCUGUUUCUUCGUCGUCAGGAGGUAUGCCCGUUGGUUCCUGUACAACGACAGCCUCUGCCCAGGCUUCGUCUGGAGGUCCACGUACCUUGGCAAAUGCGUACUCACCUCUCUCUUCGACCCCUCCUUCUCCUGCCUCGUCCCUGCUUUCUCCACCUCAGAACCUUUCCUCUCAGCAGCUGGUCGGGUCCUCUGCGGACAAUCUGCCAUCGUCGCCUCUUCUUCUUCCCUCGUCUUAUCUUUCGAUAAAGCAGUCGGCAGUCCCGCAUCGUCUAGCAAAUGCCUUGAGCCACAUCGCAAGUAGCGCCGUGAGUGGAGACAGCCUGCUGGCCACAAAAGCAGAGGAUGCGGGACCUGUAAGGAACGCUGAGAGAGAACCUUCGACGGUUGCCUUCCCCAGCCGAGCAGCUCCAAACGGCAAGCCACUGGGUGUCUUCUCAGGGGAGAGCACUGCUGACCAGCUCUCUGCAGUGUUGACUUUUGCUUCUGCCUCGGCUCCUCGUCUUACGUCCGUGAGCGCACCCGAAGUCGGCUUCGAGACCAAGAGAACAGGGGACGAAGCGUUGCCGUCUCUGUCUUUUUCAGGCGUACAUGCUGUCAAAGGGCAGCAAGAGGUCAGCUCCGUGGAGCGGGAAGACGAGAGAUUUUCUUCUGACAGCGCGCCUAAAGGGAUUUUGCGGACGGCAGUCCAGUUGUUUCUGAGGAGACAGAAAAGCGAACUUGCGGAACGUGUUUCUGCGGGAGACAGUGCGCGCGAGUGGAGAGAAGGACGGGGAAAGGCGUUUAGGGAUGAAGGCCUUUCACAGUCACAUUUUGCCUCCCUCUCGCUUCCAUACUCACCACCACACUGUCCGUUCUCGACAGGUCAAGGGUCUAGGGUAACGUCCUCGACUCUCUCAGAACCUUGUUCGUCUCACAUUCCUUCUCUCCUAGGCAGCUGUGCAACACAUGUGGCAUCGACGGAGACGGAAGAGUUGACAGGGACUGCUGGGGAACAAGAAGGCCCUGGACGAGAUCUGCAUCCUGACGUAUUUUCUUUUCCCUCGUUCUCUGCCUUCCUGUCCAGAGUGGUGGCUCAGGCUCAGGAAGAAGAUACUCAAGCGAGACGAGAAGACCACAGAAGACCUCGCGAGGACGGAACCGAAAGGGGACACGUUGGGGGAGACAGUGAGAGACGGCCAGAAGAUCGGAAAGCAAGUCGGCGAGCGGGUGGGAGUAACAUCGAGGGAGUGGAAGCAGAUACGAAGCGCGUGUCGAAUGCUGACCAGGACGACGCGGAUGAAGGGCGUUUCUUUCGUAAUCUCGCUCUCCACCUCGUUCGGUUAUCCAAGAGAGAACAAGAAGAGAGACACCGAGGCAGGGCAUCUCACCUAUCGGAGACGUACAGUUCCGCUGACGUAGGCAGCACGAAUCCACACACGUUUUCUAGCUCGAAUGCUUGUGCUUCCACCGACCGAAGGAGCAAUCCUCUCUCGAACUCUCCUUCAGAUACAGACAGACCUGGUGAAGCGACACCUUCCUCUUGUAUCGGUUCGACAAAGCUUGGCUCUCUAGGCCACCGAAACCGGAAUGACUGGCACAGUGACAGUGGGUUGCAGUCAGUCCUAUCCUCUCUCUCAACGAGCGGGCCUGGACACGCGUUGGAAACGCCUACGUCCUUUUUUGGUUCAGGUGGAACACCCUUGACGUCUUCUGCUUUUGAGUUGUCAAGCCGGCCACCGUUUGGGGAGGAAGGGGAUAGGAAUGCAGCUUCUCUUCCUUUCUCUGGUGGGGAGUUGCCGUCUCACUUGCUUCUGUAUUCCUCUCCCGAGUUUCGAGGCCAAAGCACAAGGCGACUCGCGCCAUCCGUUCCUCUCUCUCCCUUCACGGAUCCAACGAGCCAAGGGGCGACCGGGGGGGAUUCGUCCCGUUUGGGCGAGUGCACAAGCGCGCUGUCUCCUCCGCUAAAGGAUGGCGGGGCUUCGCGAAGUGUGGCGGGGGCAGUGGAGGGGCUGUUACCGUUUGUGGGACCGCCGGCGGGGGUGUCUCCGUUUGUGGGGUGCCGGGGCCUAGGUGGCGGGGACUGCCGCUGCGGAGGCCCAGAGACCGGAUGCUUGUAUCGCAGUGGCGUGAGUGGUGUUGUGUAUGACAAAAGCGGACAGAAGUGGACGGCUCGUUGGAACGAAGAUGGAAAACAACAUAAACGGACUUUCGCAGCGGCGAAAUACGGCUUUCUGAACGCGAAAAUGAGAGCCGAGGCAUGCCGAGGCGAGGCGAGAGAACGGGCGGCCGCCCGAGCCCGUCAGGCGACAGAGCGAAGUCAGCAGCGCCGGACAGACACGAGCAAGGGGACACGCGGUAUAGGGGGAGAGCGAGACAAAUCUCGUUUUUCAUGCGUUGCGGCGCCUUCGUGUUUCCAGACAGGAGCGUCGCUCAGUGUAAGAAGUGCAAGGGCAUGCGACGAAGGCGAGAGAGGAAGAGAAGAACCAGGUGCCUACGUAGGCAAACAUCUCGGUGUGGAUCCCGGUGCGUUUCCGCCUACGUCGGCGAAGCACGACAGUGAAGCAGAAGGAGAAGAAGGGGAAGGGCGAAGAGACCAGGAAUGCGCACGCGAAACAGGAAACACAGCCACGAUCCCUGGUCAGAAAACCGUGAAGAGGGAGCUGCGAGUCGUAACACUUGAGCAGCUCGCGGCUCCUCCGUCUUUGAUGGAGCCGGCAGGGCGGCAAGCAGAAGCGAGAGAAAGCGAAGGGAGCGAGGAGGCGAAAAGGAUGGCGAGGGAUGCUAGUAGCGAGAUUGGGAAAGAGACAGAGGAGGACGACAAGGGGGUGCUUACGGCAGUAGGGCAUGACGAGUGUCUGGCGAAGGCAAAGAACGAUGCACAGACAGAAGUCGGAAAGUUGGAUGAAUCGAGGAAGGAGAAAAGGACGAAGGAAGACGACGACGAAGCAGAGGCUUCAUCAUUGAGAGAAAGCGAAAACAACGAAGGUACAAAAAGCAAGCGACGAAGAAAGGACGGGGACGAAGAAUGGAGUGUUACAGACGCAGAGGACGACGAAGACGAAACAUGAGCCGUUUGUAAAGGAGUCUAACCGAGGACAGGCAGACAAAUGUACCUAUCAGCGCGGCCGUGUGCAGACAAGAAUCGACCUCUAACCGUAUAUCCUUUUUUUGGACCCCCGAAGUGUGAAAUAAGCCAGGCUCAACGGGGGCUGCUAGUGGUUACGCUCUAUUUAUAUAUAUACAUAUAUACACACAUAUAUACACAUACAUACAUGUACAGAUGAAGAAUAUGGUGUGAUCGCCAUCAGGGCGUCUAGACGUGACGGGUGCGAGCGUGCAGAGCUUCGCUUAGCAUUGUUAUUAGGUAUGCAUGCUGUUGAGACAAACGUGUUGUUGCACCUCUGCAUGUGGUUUUCUAUUUGUGUGUGCCUGUGUGAUUUUGGUCGAACUUUAGUGGAAGAGUCUGUAUGCUGCCUGCACUCGGUGGCUUACCUCUUAAACGUACAAACUGUGUUUUUUCACAGUAAACUUGUGCAGUCUGGUUGUUUGAUGUGACUGUGAUUUGCGGUACCUCUGCUUCCGCCGCGUGCGUCGUCGCACGCCUGUUCGCAACUGUUGCCUUGCAUUUGCUUCCUCUUGUGAGAGAUGCGGUCCGUAUGCGACAUUCACCACCGUCUUACGAGGUGGCAAAUGCUGAGCUGCGCUGUCAUAUGUGAAGGAAAACAGUUUCGCUGUAAACACAUUGGGAUGUUUCUAGGGCGUCUCUCUGUCCGUUACCUAAGGACCAAAGGUUAAGAUAAAAAUCACUGCAUCUCAAGAUGCAAAGGGUUGUGUCAGUAUAAAUAUCGGUUUAGGCUUACGGGCGUGAGAUUGUCUGUCCGUUGGCCACGUACGAGCUGUACUUGUUUGUUGCCUCUGCGUCCUCUUUGUCCCCUCGUCGCCAUUUCCCUGUUGCGUUCGCUGAUGCCGCCGAUGAAACGGAAACCUGCGUCUUCACAUCGGGCACUUGCUUGCGUUUCUCGAUGCCCUGAUCCAUCUUUCGCGUUCUUGUGCCCGGGACUGGACCCCAUCUUCAGGUUUGACUCGGGUUCUUUUAUGUGAAUGCUUGGUGAGUGUUUUUUAUACUGUUUCUGUCCUCCCGUGUUGAGUGGAAAUUUCAGACGAAUGCCUCUUCCUUUCUGCUUUUCACUGUUCCUUUUCUGUUCUGCUGCCGUUGUCGCGACUGAAUCCACUGGAUAACUACUGCUCCACUUUCGUUUGUUAACGGUUUCUCUGUCGCCUGUACCUCCCGUUCCACGAUGUUGCGGAGAUCACUCUCUCAGCGUCGUUUGCCUCAAUUCUGGUGUGCCCUGAUUUCGUUCUUUUCUAUACCAGCUUGUUUGCCUCUUAGUUGCGGUGAGAUAUCGCGGGCAGCCACCGCUGACCAGCCUCCCGCAUGCGACGAGGUGAGUAUAUGGGAGCACUGCGGGAGAGCGAGUUUAUGAUUUCUGUUAUUGCUGUGUGCGGAGGCAAGAGAGGAAUCGAGGCGACGGACAUGCUACCGUGUUUUCAGUUGUAGCUCGACGGUAAAAAACGGCGCGCUUAUCUUUUCAACAAGGUGUCUUCGGC